AUGUCUGGCACUCAAAUCCCGCCAGGCAAAACCUGGUUCGACACACACAAAGUGCACUUUGACGACGUCCCCAUAUCUGACGACGGCGGCAUUUCCACCCUCGAAUUCCUCGAUGCCUCAGAAGCCACCACAACCCUCUUCGACCUUCUGGGCUCGGUAGCUUUCACUCCCGUCAAGAACGAUAUGAUGGGCAACGUCGCGAAAAUCCGUGAUCGACAUAGAGCUGCCUCGGAGGUUUCAACUACAGUCCAACUGCUAGUCAAGACUGAGCUGGCCUCGAAGACUCACAAGGCUACCGAAGGGCUAGUUUGGCUGACUCGUGGGUUGGAUUUCACAGCACAAGCACUCCGGGCCGAUCUCACCACCAACGCCUCUGUCAAAGCUGUGGAGCCAAAGCCGAAUAAGGAGCUCGCGGACGGAUUUCGAACGAGCUACAAGAACACUCUGGCUCCACAUCAUGGGUUUAUGAUCAAACCUAUCUUCAGUGCUGCCAUGAGUGCCACUCCCUACCGGAAAGAUUUCUAUGUGCGAUUGGGCGGUGAGGGAACCGAUCCCGAGACUACAAGAGAGGCGCUCGAAAAGUGGGUGGCGGCUUUGGAGGCCAGAGUGGCCAUUUUGAAGGCCUUUUUGGCCAGCAACGAUGCGAAAUGGUAG